UUUUGACAGCGACCGGUAGCCGGCGUGCUAGCGGUUCUUCGUGCAACAUGAAGCUCAACAUUGCUAACCCCGCCACGGGGCAGCAGAAGAAGCUUGAGAUCACCGAUGAGUCCAAGCUGCGUGUCUUCUAUGACAAGCGCAUCGCGGCCGAGAUCCCCGGCGAGGCCCUCGGUGACGAGUACAAGGGUUACAUCUUCAAGGUGAUGGGCGGCAACGACAAGCAGGGCUUCGGCAUGAGGCAGGGCGUCCUCACCGCCCAGCGCGUGUUCCUCCUGAUGUCCCCCAAGACCCAGGGCAUGCGCGGCCACGGUCGCCGCAAGGGUGAGCGCCGUCGCAAGGCUUGCCGCGGUUGCAUCAUCUCCCCGGACAUCGCCGUCCUCAACCUCAUGAUUGUGAAGCAGGGCGACGCGGCGCUCCCCGGCCUCACCGACGAGGAGAAGCCCCGCAUGCGCGGUCCCAAGCGCGCGUCCAAGAUCCGCAAGCUCUUCGCGCUCUCCAAGGAUGACGACGUUCGCAAGUACGUCAACACCUACCGCCGCGAGUUCGAGUCCGCGACUGGCAAGAAGAAGUCCAAGGCUCCCAAGAUUCAGCGCCUCAUCACCGCCGAUCGCCUUCGCCGCAAGAAGAUCGAGAAGAACGAGCACGCCGCCAAGAUCGCCAAGUCCAAGGCUGAGGCGGCCGAGUACCAGAAGCUCCUCUCCAUGCGCCUCAAGGAGGCUCGCGAGCGUCGCUCCGAGUCCCUCGCCAAGCGUCGCGCGUCCUCCCUCGCCAAGAAGGAGGCCAAGUAAACGGUUUGGCGUAGCUUCUCGGUUUUUCGAGGCUCCGAGAUCGCACUCGGAUAGUGCGCGCUCGGGUGGUGGGUGUUCUUAUCUUAGACGUUCGGGAUGACUUGUAAACGAUCUUUGAACGUUAAAUCGU